AUGGCCUCGACUCCAUUUCGAUCUGGCGCUGGCGACCCGCUCAUUGCACGAGCACAAUCAAUUCCCAGAGACGACGAAAUUCGAGACCUGCCCGAUGAUAUGAUUGCCGCCUCAAACACCUUCUUCAGCCCCGACGAUCUACAACAGCACAUCAGCGCCAUCGACACCGACCACAUGAAAAACUUCUGGGACGCGCAGGGGCUUGUCGCGACCGGCCCUUUCCUCGACUCCCCCAACGGCUCACUUUUCGACGAGGAGUACGACUCCGGCUCCGCGUCUCCCAGAGCGCCCGGCAAAGCCGUCGACACAUCCAACUUUGAACUCAAGGCGAAUGGUCACCUUGAUUUGAUGGCCGCCCUUGGCAAGACCGAGAUUUCUCCAUUUGCUCUCGCCGGACAAUCGUCUACCUUCCUUGGAGCCCCUGAAAACACGGGCGCAUCGGACCUAUUUGAAUUUGGUGGUGGCCGCAACGAAGCCGUGACGGACCGGCCGUUCGUUUUCGGUGCUGCCCCAGACGCCUCUGCUGCCGCGGCAUUCGCCACUCCGACCAACAGCCCCAUGAAUGUGGAAUCGCCGAGGUCAGAAAAAUCAGGCCAACUGCAAGAGAGUUCGCAGCCAGUUAUGGCCAUCCCCAGAGGACAAAAGAGAGCGGCGGGUCCGGAGCUGUCACCAAACAGUGUCGUAUCAUCCAGACCUUCGUCCGAAGCAGAGCAAGAUUGGCCUUUUUUCAUGCCGGAUUUUCCGCAGGCCGGGCAGCCGCCUAUCCAGGAACAAGUGCAGCAAGCCCUACAACCAGAGUACAUGCAGCAAAUGCCACAUUCCGACAACCUCGUCUUUAGCUACACCGGCGAGUAUGGGCUGCACAUUCAGGAAUCUACGCUCAAGUCCCGCGUAGAGACGCAGAUGGCGGUAACCAUGACACUGUCCCAUCUGCCGUUUGGCAUCACCAAAUUACAUCUGCCUCCCCACACAAUCUCCAAACCUAAACUUAGGGCGAAGCCCCUUCCACAGCCGUCCCCUGAUACGCUAGAGCUCUAUGUCAGCUUGGUUUGUACGACCCCUAUGGAGCAGCCUGAGCUGAGAAAGAGAGCGCUGGAGAGAGCUGCCACGGUUCCUCACGAGUAUCUUCCUUCUCUUCAAGAGGCCGAGCACGAGACACAAAAUGGCUGCCAGAUCCGCAUCUGCAAAAAAUGCAUCGAAAGAGAGCGCAAGCGAGCGGGAAGAAAGAAGAACCAUACCAAGUCUGAUGAGGAGAAAUCCUGGUAUAUGGAUGAAACGCGCCGCAUCAUUAUAUUCAACACCAAGGAGAUGAAAGACUGGCGACCCCCCAGCAAUGAGAAGGAGAAGGACUCAGAAGGACCAUCACAAGCAGAGUUGUUCCGACAGUAUCCCACCGCCAUGCAAGUUGUGGUUCCUAUGCGACUCGCGUGCUACUGCCGUCACCAGAAAGAGAAGACGGGCUUCAAUGUCAUCUUCACCUUCAAGGACUGGGAAGGCAACGUCGUUGCACAGGCCAUGUCGGGCUCCAUCAUGAUCACAGAUGACCACAAGACAGUGGUCACCUCGCCCACGGAUGAUGCUCCUGAGCUUGAGCAGCAAGGGCCCGCCAAGAAGAGGAAACCGAGCACGCCAAGCCCAGCCAGAGUCCCCCAGGCCUUGACCAUGACACCCUUGGACGCUUCACCAAACAUGACUUCUCAAAGCGGUUCCACACAUGUUACCUCCACGGUUACCUCGCCCUUCGCGCCAAACCUUCAUUCUUUCCCACAGCCAGAAGCCGUGCUCGGCGCGGUUACUCCCCAGAUGUCGACUACCAAUGGGUCCCCCGUACUCAACCCCACGACUAACGACGUACCGCCGUGGUUUGCCCAGCGACGCUCCCAGAGCAUGGAUAACCUGUCCAUGGAUAGCUUUGUCACUAACAACUCGGUCAUGGCCGGGCUCUAUCCCACACCAGUAUCAUCUAGCUCUACUCGCCCCCCUAGCCCGAACAGUAUGAGGAGUGGCGUCAACAUAGUACCGCAUAACCCGGUUGCCCAAGCUUCUGAUGCUGAUCUCUAUUCUCUGGGUGUUGCUGCUAACCCGCCAAGAGCGCAGCCCACAAUUCACAAAAUCAUUCCUGCCGAGGGCUCGCUCAAUGGCGGCAUGGAAGUUACUGUGCUUGGCGCCGGCUUUUAUCAAGGACUGGAGAUUUGGUUUGGUGACAACAAGGCCACUACAACCACCUUUUGGAGCGAGGCAUCGCUCGUGUGCCUGCUCCCUCCUUCUUCAGUCGCUGGCCCAGUUCCUGUAACAUUUGGGCCACAGAGAGCUGCGGCACCGAUGGGCAUGCAGCCUCCAGUGUUUACAUAUAUCGACGACAAUGAGAACCAACUCAUGCGCGCAGCCAUGUCUUUCUUUGGCCGCAGAUUCAUCCCCCCUAUGAAUAUGAAUCUGAAUCUGCCCAUCUACAACGCCUACAUUCCAAAUCCACCAAUUUUGCGAAAGGUACAGGAUCUGAUGGCCGCCAUGCCUGCCAUGCCCGGUGGCCGCCCAGACAAUGCAAGCGAUGAUGGCACAAAGGCAGACGGGCGCUGGUGGGAUCUCUCAUCGUACAUGAAUACCGCAGCAGCUCCUCCCGCCUAUAAUGACAUCUAUCCGGCAAAGGAUGCUGACGCGAAGGAUAUGGACUCCAAGGCCAUUCUCUCGGUAGCCCGAGCGGCCGCUGAUGCAGAGGCUGACUUAAAACGCUCCAUCCGACAUGACGAGCCAGAGUCAUCGGCAGCCAUGUUCCAAUACGAGGACGAGGCGGAGUCAUCAGCCUCUGGGGCCAUGUUCCAAUACGACGAGGACGAGUUGGUGAUGAGAACCAGAGCUUCGGCUAGGGCAAGCAGCAUCACCAUCGAGCCUCCCGCAAUCCUCGAGAUUGGACGCAAGCAUGCCAUCACCAAGGAGCAGCAAGAGAACUUCCUGCGAGCUCGGGAGCAGAAGUUGAAGAAGAUUAGCAAUGAUCGAAACCUCUUCUUCGUUUGGAUCCCUCUUCUCUUGGUGAUGAUUUGCGCACUGCUCUACAGCUACUUCCCCUCGCUCUUCCCUUUCCUUUGGGCUUCCAUCAGAGCCAUCAUCCACACCUUGUUUUCUUCACAUUCUUAA